AUGCUUUUUAUAAACCACUAUAAAGACCUUUUAGGAGUAUGCAUUAAUAGUUUAAAAGCAGAAAUGAUUGUUCUAAAAAACAGUUUACCCACUAGUUACAAUUUUCAAGAUAUAAAGAACAUAAUAAACAAGAAUGUUUAUCCAAAUUUAUAUAAAUUGAUACAAGUCGCAAUCACAAUACCUGUAUCAUCAGCAACAUGCGAAAGAUCUUUUUCAGCAAUGCGAAGAGUAAAAAAUUGGCUGCGAACAAGUAUGGGACAAAAUCGAUUCACAAAUCUAGCUUCAAUAUGUAUUGAAAGAGAUAUUACUAAUAAUAUUGAUACUGAAAGAAUUUUAAAUAAGUUUGCAUUAACUAAUAAUAGAAAAAUUAAUUUAUUAUAA